CUUUGUGGGGUUUCUUUGCAGCAAGGUUUCCAUGCGGCUGAUCCCCAAGAGGAGAGUCCUGGCCAAGCUGGACCAGUGGCAGGCAGACCCCCAACCGGUGGUCCGUUGGCUCAGCUUCCAGGGGUUGGAGAACCUGGCGCUGCAGAAGCAGAAGCUGAGGUCCCUGGAGGGCCUGGUCUCCAAAAUGCUGAGAGGUCUGAACGAAGCUCAGGAGAAGACGGUGAGGGAUACCCUCGGAGCGCUGCCCAAGAUCCUGAGCCACCACCAGCGGAGACUCUACAUGGGCUCCCUAUGCGUCCUCAUCGCGAAGAAACUUCGGCCUCUCCUGGAGGAGGAACGAGAGCCGGAGCGUUCUCUGGCCGUCCGCCUGUUUGGGGAACUGCUGCCUUGGGUGAAUGUCCGGCACAAAGCUCAGAUGCGGGAACGAAUCCUGACACACUUGGUACCCUUCGUCCUCCACCUGUACGACCCCAACCAGCAAGUGGUUGAGCUGAAGAAGUCUUUAACAGGAAGGACAUUGCAAUAGAUGAUUCCAUGAGAGUUUCUAUGAGAGAUUCUAUGAUUCUGGGAGAGCUGAAGGCGAGCGGCUUGCAAGAAGAACACAGAAGCACAUCUGGGUC